AUGCGAUGGUGGAUUCGAUUGCUUCUCUUUUGGAUAUUCCCUCCUUUAUGGGCACAACAUGAUAUGUAUUUACUGAAACUCGUCUUCAACUACAUUUAUGAUAAUCCAGCAAAGUGUGGAGAUCCAUUUAAAUACGAGCAAUGGUUGCCUGCCUAUCAAAAUUGCUCAAUCGCUUGCAAUCCGGAGUCAGCUUUGUGUCUACGGAACACGCAGAUUGAUUUGCAAAUGUGCAGAGAAUUGCCAAACAUUUGUGUUGCCGGGAUUCGCGAGUUUUUGGGAUGGUCAUCAACAACGACAAUUUCACCUACACAGGCUACAGCAUGGACGUCAACAGUUAGACCGUUAAGAGAAACUACAAUCUUGAACAUAAAGUCAUUCGCCAUCGAACCAGCAGUUGAAAGCAACGCACACAAACCACAAAACACAUCCACUCUUGGUCAGGGUUCGAUAGUAAUCCGGAAAAUUAGCGCAAAGAAAAAUGAGAGCCCUUCUCGGAAGCUUUUUGAUCCACGAUUAUAUCCAUCAACAACAUCAUCACCAGUCAAUCGCAUUUUUACUCCGUUGAAUCGGAUAGUUUUUGAGCCUGAAAGAAGCAACACCGUGCUAGAGCCUCCAGCAGCAUCAGUCCCAAAUUCGUUGAUCACUGAUUCAACGAAAAGUCACAACAAAGUCUCUUCAACUUUGAUUCAAAGAGAUGUAGAGUCAAAUUUUGUGCAAAGUGGAGAUCCUUAUGCUGAUAUUUUGGGUAUAAAAAUGGAAGCAGCUUCAACACUGUCUCCAUAUGGAGAAGGUGACAUUUCGUUCUAUGAUGAACUUGAAAAAGCUUACGAUUUAGAGCAAGCUGAACAAAAUAAAAGCUUUGCAAAUCAAAGUCGAGGCGGUGAAGUGAUUGAGCCAUCUGAAGAUCAUGAUAUCUCGAUUCCCGCUGAAAUCUCAACAAAUUUCAACAAUAAUGCGCUGCCAAAUGAAGAAACACUUGAACCUUUCAUUGAAACGUCAGCAAUUGAUGUACCUUCAGUUGACAAUCACGUUGCAAUCCCGCCUAAAGAUGAAGAUCUAGGAGCUCUAUUUGGAAAUCCAUCCUUAGCAACAAAUGAUAUAAUUUAUUCUGAAGAAGCGAAUCCCGGAGAUAUCAAACACUAUGAUGAAUCGAAUAAAUUAAAGAAGAUUCUAUCGAUACUCAAGACAAUCCCCCACCCGACAACAACCACUCAAGCAACAACGUCAAAGGCUUACCGAAAAACUGGCAGAACUUUAAUCUACUCGAUUAAGAGAAGAAUUCAAAGUGAAAGGAACCCGCUAAUCACUCUAGAACCAAGCAUUGAACUACUCAAAGAAAUGAAAAACGAUCGACGAUAUCAUCGCUUGAUUGUGGAGAAAAACCUUGACUCAAAAAUUGACAAAUUUGAGCACUGUUGUGAGUGGGCUUUAGCGGGAAUGUGUGAUCGGCAUUGGCAGAAAGUGAGAAAGUACUGCCCAAGGAGUUGUGGUUUAUUGGUCUGUGAAGAUUUUGAAGGAUUGCAAUCUUGUACUCGGUUGCUUGAUGUUAAUCCUGAAGAAUGUUAUGCCGGAUUGAGACAAUCAAGAGAACAACUUGGUACUCAAAACAGCGGUGUCUGGCAAGAUGUCCAGGUGGAUGUUCUUUUUAAAAUUCCCGUUAAAGUCGAU